AUGUCUCCUAAGCCAAACCUAGUCUUCGUCCCAGGCUCAUGGCAUGGCCCCGAAUGCUACUCCAAAGUAGUAGCGCUCCUUGAGCCGCAGGGCUUCAACAGCGCCAUCCAAGGGUUCACCUCUGCAUCAGCAAAAGGUCGCGUGGUCGGCAUGGUGUACAUGGCAACUGGCUUCAACCCCGCCGGCGUGAAAAUGAGCUUCCUCGGUGGGCUAGGAGGCAAGCCGCCGCCAUUGUGGAAGAUGAAUGAGGAGACUGGCUUUGCUGAGAUUGUUGUUGAUUCCAGGGAGAUGUUCUACAAUAACCUCCCCGAGGACGAGGGCAAUGCUUUAGUCGCGAAGCUCCGGAAGCAGAGCCUCGCUUCGCUGACAGAGGCGAGCGAGCUAGCCUACGCGGGCUGGAUGGACGUACCGGUAUGGUAUUUGGCGACUGUGCAGGACAAGGGGCUGCCGGUUGAGGCGCAGAGGAUGUUUGUGCAGAUGGCGAAGGAUGCGGGAGGCGAUGUGACGUUGGAGGAGGCGGAUAGUAGUCAUUCGGUUAUGUUGAGCAAGCCGAAAGAGACGGCGGAGUUCAUAGUGAGGGCUGUGGCGGCCUUCGAAGGAAAGAAGGAGUAA